AUGUCUACCACCGUGCACCCCGAAGUGACAUGGGCCCAGCGCUCCUCCGACUCCGAGCCGGAGAAGAACUACCUCUACGUGAAUCUGAAGACUCCCGAAGUCCCCAAGGAGGACGCCAAGCUGAACCUGACCGCAACCAAUGUUUCCUUCACUGGCGCCUCUCGCAAGGGUGUCACAUACUCUGUCUCCCUGGACCUCUACGCCGAGAUUGAUCCGGAGAACAGCAAGGUCAACCACACCGACCGUGAGAUUGAGCUGGUUCUGCGCAAGAAGGAACUCAAGGUCGAAUACUGGCCCCGUCUCCUGAAGGAAUCCAAGAAGGUCCACUUCCUGAAGACCGACUUCGACAAGUGGGUAGAUGAGGAUGAGCAGGAUGAAGUCGCCGAUGAUGACUAUGCCAACAACUUCGGCGGCAUGGGCGGCGAUGAGGGUGGCCUGAGCAACAUUGACUUCUCCAAGCUUGGUGGCAUGGGCGGCGCUGGCGGCAUGCCCGACCUGAGCGCUUUGGCCGGUGCUGCGGGCGGCGCUGUGGGCGCUGAGGGUGAGGACGAUGACGAUGAGCUCCCCGAGCUUGAGGAGGCCGACGACCAGAAUUCGUCUAAGAUCCAGGAGGUGUCCUAA